AUGAAGCUCUUGGAUGUCCGCACCCGAAUACUGGAGACUUUCGAUUUCCCCCCACCAAAGAAGUACGCCAUCUUUUCUCAUGUGUACUCGACUCCUGGCCACGAUGAAUGGGAUGCGUAUGACUCGGCCGACGUGCGAGAUCUAAGCCGCGAAACAAUCAUCAACAAAGCCUGUCUUCUUACAGAACAGAAUGGAGUGAGCCAUAUUUGGAUCGACUCGCUAUGCAUCGCCAAGGAAUCACCCGUCGAGGUCGCUACGACCAUCAAUCACCUCCACAAAUACGUUCAAUCAGCAUCUCUCUGCUUGGUCUACCUGUUCGACCUACUUUGCGAGCCGCCCUCAUUUGGCGGAAAGACGUUGAAACAUGCCGAAGAGGCGUGGAAACAGACCGAGGAGAGGUGGAAACGAUCCCUGUUCUGGUCUCGGUCCUGGACCCUCCAAGAGAUGCUAUUCGCCAGGAAAAUCUACUUUUACGACUCAAAGUGGCACCUUCAAGGAGAAUCCUCUUCGCCCGAAUUCUUGAGCAGGCUAUUGCGGAUCACAGGCAUUGAAACAAGUGUUCUGGGCAACCCGCGUCUCCUGCAAUGUCUUUCCAUCGCAAAGAAGAUGUCGUGGGCGGUAGGGAAGAAAGAUUUCUACGCCGAGGAUUCAUCCUACGCUCUUUUUGGCGUCUUUGGCGUCUCCAUCCCCAUCGUGUAUGGCGAGGGUAAAGCGUCAGCUUUCCGGCGUCUUCAGCAGGAGAUAUUGAGGACGACCAGCGAUUUGUCCUUGUUUGCCUGGACCAGCGUUGACGACAAGCUACCACGAGGCCUGUUCGCCAUUUCGGUCGAAGAAUUCAAGUGGUUUGGGCAAACAGAAUUUGGGCGUUCCCCUUUCACGAUGGACGCAUCUGCAAGGUUAACCCGCGAGGACGCCUUUAUAAAAGGCAGGUGUUUUGAGCUCGAUGAUGUCACCUUUCUCGACCUUGGAAUGAGCCCAUGGACAAUGGGCACCCAAUUUUCUGCCAACAGAUGCGGCAUUUUGAUCCGCCGAGGAGAUUCUGGACGUUAUCAUCGUGUAUCAUCAUCCGUGAUCCACAUGUCACCGCCACACGAGGCCUGCAAAAUCGAAGAGGUCACCAUUGAUCUAGGUGACAAGAACGGCGUCGUCACGAGCUUGACGCCUCAACAAAAGGCGUUGAAUCUCAAUUUACGCGCCCCUGUCAAUGUUUUCCUGGCAGGAGAUGGACACUCUGGCCCGGUGAUUGUAGGGAAGUCUUGGAUAGGACCGUGUCAUCACGACGGUCCAUCCCAGGAGGAGGAGGAGGCAGGUCGAACAUCGAUUAGAGGAAACGAUCGCGACACUCCACCAUCUUCUCCUAAUCAAGACGGUACCAUCGCGAUGAGGUCUCCUCGGAUCUCGGAAUCUUCCAACGACAGCGACACUGAGCGCGGAAGCAAUCCCGCCAAGGACGCUAUGGCGACCUUGGUCGAGCCGUCAUCGCCCAGCCACACAACUGACGCAGACACCGUUAUUCGUGCCAGGAAUCUAGCUACGAAGAUUCUCCAAGAGUUUCGGACAAGUCGGCAAAUCCUUGCUCACGAGACGAAAGAGCAGGAACAGCGUGACAAAACGAACCGAACGCAUCCUGCUUCCCGGCGACGUGGCACGAACGCGCCACAGCGAAGACUCAGACUGGCUCGAUCGACAGAACUCGCGUGUCCCUUCUUCGUCCACAGCCCUUGGAAGCAUCUCGACUGUCUGCGGAGC